AUGAAUAUCUUCAGGAUCAUUGGCGAUCUUAUGCACCUGUCGAGCAUCCUUAUGCUCCUCUGGAAGAUCAGGGCCACCAAAUCAUGCGCGGGCGUCUCGCUCAAGACGCAGGAAAUGUAUGCGCUGGUGUUUGUGACACGCUACCUCGACAUCUUCUGGAACUUCUCCUCCCUCUACAACUCCAUCAUGAAGAUCAUUUUCCUCGGCACCUCCUUUGCCAUCAUCUACUUCAUUCGGAUGAAGUACCGCCACUCCUACGACAAGGAGCACGAUUCGUUCCGCGUGGUAUUCCUCAUCGGUCCGGCGCUCCUGCUGGCGCUGGUGUUCAACCCCGAGUUCUCGUUCUUCGAGAUCCUGUGGGCCUUCUCCAUCUACCUCGAGGCGCUGGCCAUCCUGCCGCAGCUCUUCCUCCUCCAGCGCACCGGCGAGGUGGAGACCCUCACCUCGCACUACAUCUUCGCCCUGGGCGGCUACCGCGCGUUCUACCUCCUCAACUGGAUCUACCGCCUCGCCACCGAGCCAGGCUAUUCUAACUGGAUCGUUUGGAUCGCUGGGUUCGUGCAGACCGUGUUGUACAUGGACUUCUUCUACUACUACAUCCAGAGCAAGUGGUACGGCAAGAAGUUCGUCCUUCCCGCCUAA